GUGGCGCCAAAACAGCAAAGAGGAAGGAGUUGUAAACACAACAGAAGAGAACUCUGCUCGAUAUUUUGAUUAUAACAUUUGAUAUAAAGCUACUGUGGCCUCAUUUGGGCAAAAAAUGGACACACAGUCAUAUUUGCCUGUGCAACCUGGGGUGGGGAUGGAGGAGAAUUUCUUGUCUCUCGACGAUAUUUUGCUCUCACAUGAGAGACUUCCUAUCCGGACAGAGUGCAGCUUCCCCCGGCUGGGAUUCCUGGAUAAAUCGAGUGACUCGCAGGACAUACCGGAGGGUACAAAGAUGGAGCUCCCUCUGUGGCUGUCUAAGGGUCUGUAUGAGAAGAAGAGGAGGGUUCUGUCAGUGGAGCUUCCCAAGGUGUACAGAGAGGGCUGGAGGACCGUGUUCAACGCUGACCCCAACGUGGUGGAUCUGCACAAGAUGGGGCCGUACUACUACGGCCUGGGGUCCCAGAUGCUGCACUUCGACAGCCCGGAGAACCCUGAGAUCGCACAGACGCUGCUGCAGACGUUCAUGGGCCGCUUCAGACGGAACAUGGACUCCUCUCAGAACGCGUACAACGAGGACACGUCAGCGCUGGUGGAGCGUCUGGACUGUCUGGAGAAGGCUCUGUUCUCGUCGGGGCAGAGCGGUCUCAACAGCUUCCAGAGCUGGGAGAAGGGCCGGGCCUCGCAGCUCACCGCCUCCAGCCUCGUCCUCAACUACCGCAAGAGGAAGAUCAACGACAUUCAGCCCUGACCCCAGGGACUGGAACUCGUCUGCUCUGACUGUUAUUGUCCUUUUCUCUCCCACAGACAAUCUCCCCUCCCCAUCUGAACCCUGCUCUCUGGGACCACUACCCUGCAAAGAGUAAAGGUUUUAUUUAUUUUGUCACAUUGUACUCAUAAUCUUGACUGGCUGCACGAUUUGGAAUAACUGCGAUUAUAACUGAUAUAGCAAAUUGCAAUUUAAUUAACAAUAUUUUUAGAGAUUGAACGAUUCUUUAUCAUUACUCUCAAUGUUAAUAAAACACAUAUUAAAAUGA